AUGGCGAAUCGCGUUGAGCGAAACGUCCGUUUGAGCGCUAUGAGAUCGGACCGCGAGAUCGCGCGUUCGGCUAACCCUAACUUCAACUCGGACACUGGCAUCAACAACCUACUGCUAGCCAUCGACUUCAUUGAUUUGAAGUUGGACACUGGUGUAAUUGGUUCUGCUGCGAGGGUCGAUUUGAUCGAUCUUCACACGGAAAUCAAGGUCCCCCUUGAACCGAGAAUCGAUCCCGAAGAUCUAUGGGACCUUCCAGUCCGUCGUCCUGCCAAUAGCAUCAAUCUCAUCGAGUUUUCUUCGGACGAUGAGACGGCCGAGGUGGUGACUAACGUCGACUCCAUUGACAUGAACUCGAAUAGCCAUUCCCCCGUUCCUCCGGACAACAACGAUGGCUUCGAAACCAGCUCCUCAACCGACUUGAUUGCUCUGUGGUUGGAAGGUGACCGCUAUCAUGUUCGAAACAAGAAGAUCAUGCGGAUGAGACCGACCGUCGAUCUUAUUGACUUGUGGUCGGAUACCGACGUCAUUCUAGUCAACAUGGAGCUCGUUGACUUCACCAUGCACACCGGAGUCAUGCGUCAUACCGAUUCCGACUUUGACCCCAGCGAGAACGAGUACAUCACACAACCUAGCAUGAGCAGCAUGCAGUCCACUUGGCCGAACAUGGGCACUGCCCGCAGGACUUACAACAGACCGGGCUUGAUCAACUGGUUGGAACACACUCACCCAGAACACUCAUCCACCAACGCGUACAUGUCCUUCCCAGAUACUGAAUCUGGAAGUGUGACUUCUGGACUCCUGGAUACCGUGUACGCCAGCAAGUCAAGCUGGGGACUUAAAGACAGAAGCGUGACUUCUGGUCCCCUGGAUACCGUGUAUACCACCCAGUCGAUGGCGGAGCCUGAAGUCGGAAGCGUGACUUCUAGUCCACUGGGUACCGUGUACACCAGCAACCCAAACUCAGGGCCCGAAGCCGGAAAUGCGGCGUCUAUUCCACUGGAUACCGUGCACACCAGCAAGUCAAGCUUGGGAUUUGAAGACGGAAGCGUGGCUUCUGGCCCCCUGGAUACCAUGUAUACCAUCAUUUCCAUCUCCGAGCCUGAAGUCGGAAACGUGACUUCUAGCCCACUGGGUACCGUGUACACCAGCAACCCAAACUCAGGGCCCGAAGCCGGAAAUGCAGCGUCUAUUCCACUGGAUACCGUGGAGGCUGCCAAGUCAAAGCCGGACUCAAAGCCCGCAAGUGAAGGCUCUGUCCCCCCCGAUACUGUUAACUCCUGGUCCUUUGCAUUCGCCGCAGGAUUGACCACUAGACUCGAAGCCCUCAAGCUGGAAACCGGCUGGAUAUGGUAUUCCGGCGUGUCCAACCUACCUCAAUGGUUUCUGGCCUCUCCGUGUCGUCCUUGGAUAGUCGCCCAUGAGACAAAGAUGAUCAAGAAGGGAGUUGCUAUCGUGGGAUGGCUGCGAUGCGGCGUGUACCUCUUCCUUCGCCAGGACCAGAAAUACAUGUCUGCUGGAGAAAACAGGGAUUUGACUGCAUACCAUGAGCCGAGAAGUUCACACAGGACCCUAAAGAUGGGCUUUCCUGCUCUGAACGACUGCAUUGUCCGCGCCAUGGCCUCAUUGGACGAUCACGAAGCACUGGUCACUGGACACGGUGGUGGCUUUUUGCGAAUUUGGAAUAUCCGAUGCGGGCGUGUCAUCUGUUGGCUCCAUGGCCUUACUGACACUAUUUCUUGCAUCGAGGUGAAGAAGAACAUUAUCGUUGCCGGCAGCUGUGAUGGCACCAUUUGUGUCUGGGACCUCACCAAGGACACUGACAACAAUGCCUCGCUGACCCUCAAAGGACACACAGGUGCUGUGUUGUGCCUCAAGUUGCACGACAACUACCUUGUCUCUGGUGGUGAUGAUCGGGAGGCUCGCGUCUGGAAUAUCGAAAAUGGCCAAUGCAAGCAUGUGCUCCGAGGACACGAGAAGGGAGUCCGGUUCGUAUGCAUGAACGACCAUGCAAUUGUCACUGCUAGCGCGGAUACCUCCAACGGCGGAAAAUCAGAGAUCCAGGUGUGGCUGCCAGGCACUGGAAGAUUUGUGGCUGGUCAAUGCAAGUUCAAGAGCAUUAGUCCGGAUCUGCUGACCCACCUGGAUAUGGUGGGAGAUGAUUUGAUCGCAGCAGAUGACCGUGGAUAUGUGGUGAAGUGGGACGUCACCAGUGGAAAGCGGGUAAUCCUCAACUACAAAGAGGAUGACGGGAUCGUUGCUCUGGCCAUCUCGGAGAAGUUUGUCAUGAUGGGCAAGGAAGAGGGGGAUGUGUAUCUCCUGGACCGGGCGACCAUGCAUGGUGUCCGCCUCCUGGGCCACGCAUCCCAAAUCUGGCAGGUUGGGAUCCUGGACACCGCUCGGGUUACUGCCGCGUACAAGAAGGAUGGUCAUGCCUUCUUGUCCAUCUGGCAUGUGUGA